UGGACCCAGGGCGUCCGGAGCGAACACAUCAUGCAGGGCACGCAGGAUAGCGAUAUCGGCCUGGAGGGCUUGUCCCGCGGGGGCGCAGCUGCGGACCGUGAGUGCCAGCGAGGACCGGAAACAAUCGCGCACGAGGCACAGGGCGCAGGAUCCCCCAACUCAGAGGCCACCGGGGCCGUGGAUGGGGAGCGCGCGGCCACCAUGAGGAUCCCCGAGAAGUACUCGACGCUCCCAGCCGAGGACCGCAGCGUCCACAUCGUGAACAUCUGCGCCAUCGAGGAUCUCGGCUACCUGCCGUCCGAGGGCACGCUGCUCAACUCCCUGUCUGUGGACCCUGAUGCCGAAUGCAAGUAUGGCCUGUACUUCCGGGAUGGGAAGCGCAAGGUGGACUACAUCUUGGUGUACCAUCACAAGAGAGCCUCGGGCAGCAGAACUCUGACCAAGAGGGGAUUGCACAAUGACAUGGUCAUGGGGACCCGCAGUGUCAGGCAGGACCAGCCCCUUCCCGGGAAGGGGAGCCCCGUGGAUGUGGGCUCACCCGAGGCCCCCAUGGAUUACUACGAAGAUGACAAGCGCUUCAGACGGGAGGAAUAUGAGGGCAACCUGUUGGAGGCCGGCCUGGAGCUGGAACAUGACGAGGAUACCAAAAUCCACGGUGUCGGCUUUGUGAAGAUCCAUGCACCCUGGCAUGUGCUCUGCAGGGAGGCUGAAUUUUUGAAACUGAAGAUGCCCACAAAGAAGGUGUACCACAUCAGUGAGACCCGAGGUCUCCUGAAAACCAUCAACUCGGUUCUGCAGAAGAUCACAGACCCCAUCCAGCCCAAGGUGGCUGAGCACAGACCACAGACUACAAAGAGGCUCUCCUACCCCUUUUCCCGGGAGAAGCAGCAUCUAUUCGACCUGACUGACAGGGACUCCUUUUUCGACAGCAAAACCCGGAGCACAAUAGUCUAUGAAAUUCUGAAGAGAACAACCUGCACCAAGGCCAAGUAUAGCAUGGGGCAAGGAGAGGGAAGAAGGAAGGACUCUGCCCUUCUAAGUAAACGGCGGAAGUGUGGGAAAUACGGCAUCACCAGCCUUCUGGCCAACGGCGUAUACUCAGCCGCGUACCCUCUGCACGACGGAGACUAUGAGGGUGACAACGUUGAGUUCAACGACAGGAAACUCCUAUAUGAGGAAUGGGCAAGCUAUGGGGUCUUCUACAAAUAUCAGCCCAUUGACCUGGUCAGGAAAUACUUUGGCGAGAAGGUUGGCCUGUACUUUGCCUGGCUUGGCGCCUACACCCAGAUGCUCAUCCCUGCCUCAAUCGUGGGUGUCAUUGUCUUCCUCUAUGGAUGUGCCACUGUGGACGAAAACAUCCCCAGCAUGGAGAUGUGUGACCAGAGACACAAUAUCACCAUGUGUCCCCUGUGUGACAAGACCUGCAGCUACUGGAAGAUGAGUUCAGCCUGUGCCACGGCCCGUGCCAGUCACCUCUUUGACAACCCUGCCACUGUCUUCUUCUCU